CUUUCUUUCUCUCUCCAUUUCUUAGCAUAAAGAUUCUGAGUCAUUCUCAGAUACAUGUAUAAAUCCGUAACUGUUCUGUAUUGCGUUUUAUUUUUCCAGAGAGGAUCAGAGGGUAUUGCUGAUUUUGCUUGUAGAUCUGAUCUGCUAGGAACUUUGAAUAAGGGAACGGGAAUUUGAAAAUGGGAAUUGUGUUUACUCGGCUUUUCUCGUCGCUGUUUGGUAACAAGGAAGCUCGGAUCCUUGUUCUUGGAUUGGACAAUGCUGGGAAAACCACGAUCCUCUAUCGGCUUCAGAUGGGCGAAGUCGUUUCCACUAUUCCAACAAUUGGAUUUAAUGUUGAAACAGUGCAGUACAACAAUAUUAAGUUUCAAGUUUGGGAUCUAGGUGGACAGACUAGUAUCAGACCAUACUGGAGGUGCUAUUUUCCAAAUACUCAGGCCAUAAUCUAUGUUGUUGAUUCAAGUGACACUGAUAGGCUGGUUAUUGCUAAAGAGGAGUUUCAUGCUAUAUUGGAGGAGGAAGAGUUGAAAGGUGCUGCUGUUCUCAUAUUUGCUAACAAACAGGAUCUUCCUGGUGCACUUGAUGAUGCUGCAGUGACUGAGUCCUUGGAGCUGCACAAGAUUAAGAAUAGACAAUGGGCUAUUUUUAAGACUUCUGCCAUCAAAGGAGAGGGCCUCUUUGAGGGCUUAGACUGGUUGAGUAACACCCUCAAGGCAGGAGGUAGCUAAAUUUUGUGUUUAUGAGGGGGCCAAUGCCUUGGAGACAGACACACAGCAAAGUCUUGGUACAAAACUACAAAUUAUGUUAGAUAUGCCGAUCUUCCAUUGUUUCUGAUGUUAUAGCUUCGGAAGUAAAGUGCGGGUAUAAUGAUAUUAUCUGGCUUUUAUUACAACACCCUUCUUCUUCCUCUCUUCCCAAAAUUUUUGCGACUUUCAUUCUCAUUCAAAGAUGGUAGGCUUAUGUCUUUGGUUCUUCUAUACAUUUAGUGGAGAUUCCAUUUGCUGAUCUUCUGGGAGUUUAAAUGAAACAAUAUAUUUUUCUUGCACAUAGAAAAUGUGAUUAGUUUUGUUGACUUCUGUUUAGAACAAUUUUUUGACCUGCAUCAAGUGAAUUACUGAUUUCGGCAUCAA